GGAAGGCAGCGCUGCCAGGCGGGGCUGGCAGCAAGAUGGCGCCGGCGGUGCGGGGGCUGAAGAGCUUCGUGUGGCAGAAGCUGAAAUCAGCAGUAUUUGAUGACUUCACCAAAGAGGAAGAAUGGAAGGUAAUGCUCUUAGAUGAUUACACUACUAAAUUACUGUCACUGUGCUGCAAAAUGACUGAUCUGCUGGCAGAGGGUGUCACAGUGGUGGAGAAUGUAUAUAAAACCCGUGAGCCUGUCCCACACAUGAAGGCAAUAUAUUUAAUAACUCCCACCAAAAAGUCUGUAGAUGGACUGAUUGAUGACUUCAUCAAUAAAUCAUCCAGCAGAUACAAAGCAGCAUACGUGUAUUUCACUGACUUUUGUCCUGACAGCCUCUUCAAUAAAAUUAAGGCUUCAUGUGCAAAAUCAAUAAAGAAAUGCAAGGAGAUCAACAUUUCAUUCUUCCCUUAUGAAUCUCAGGUGUUUACUCUCAACAUCCCAGAAGCCUUCUACCGCUGCUACAGUCCCACUCUGGAAAAGACCAAGGAGAAAGAUGCUGUACUGCAAGUCAUGGCUGAACAAAUUGUUACCUUGUGUGCCACACUAGAUGAGAAUCCAGGAGUGCGAUAUAAAAGUGGACCAUCUGAUAGAGCCAGCAAACUUGCACAGCUUGUUGAAAAAAGUCUUGAAAACUACUACAAAACAGAUGAGAGAAGCCAAAUAAAGGCUAAAACCCACUCCCAACUAAUAAUAAUUGAUCGUGGUUUUGACCCAGUAUCAACUGUACUCCAUGAGCUCACCUUCCAGGCAAUGGCAUAUGAUCUGCUACCCAUUGAAAAUGAUACUUACAAAUACAAAACAGAAGGCUCUGGUGGGAAGGAAAAGGAGGCGAUUUUGGAGGAAGAUGAUGACCUGUGGGUGAAGAUGCGGCACAAGCAUAUUGCAGAUGUGAUAGAGGAAAUACCAAAACUUUUGAAAGAUGCUUCAUCAAAAACAAAGGCAACAGAAGGAAAAUUAUCCAUAUCUGCUCUGUCCCAGUUAAUGAAAAAAAUGCCACUCUAUCGUAAAGAGAUUAGUAAGCAAGUUGUUCAUCUUAGCAUAGCAGAAGAUUGCAUGAGCAAGUUCAAAUCUAACAUAGAAAGGCUCUGUAAAACUGAACAGGACUUGGCUCUUGGAACUGAUGCAGAAGGUGAAAAAGUAAAAGACUCUAUGAGGGUCCUACUUCCAGUUCUGCUCAACAAAAGUCAUGACAGCUAUGACAAAAUCAGAGCUAUUCUCCUGUAUAUCUUUAGCACAAAUGGAACUACCCAGGAGAACUUGGACAAGCUGAUCCAGAAUGUACACAUAGAAAGUGAUAGUGAUAUGAUAAGAAAUUGGAAAUACCUUGAUGUUCCUGUUAUCUCUUCAUUUGUUUCUCAACAGAAUAAAUACAUAAGAAGGGACCGUUCUAAAGAAGAAACCUUUCAGCUUUCUAGGUGGACACCUGUUAUCAAAGAUGUUAUGGAGGAUGCUAUAGAAAACAAAUUAGAUUCAAAAGACUGGCCUUAUUGUUCCCGCUGCCCUCCCACCUGGAAUGGUUCAGGAGCAGUAAGCGCCCGCCAGAAGCCCCGCGCGAGUCAGAGGGAGGAGCGCAGGAGCAGCGCCAGGCUGAUCGUGUUUGUCAUUGGCGGCGUCACCUACUCGGAGACGCGCUGCGCCUACCAGGUGUCCGAGGCCUACACGUCCUGUGAGGUUGUCAUUGGUUCUACUCAUAUUUUGACACCUAGAAAACUACUAGAGGAUGUGAAGAGCCUUAGUAAACCCAAGGAUACGGUCUGGAUGAAGGAUGAAUAGAUAUGGUGAUGUUUGUGAUGCAUUAAAAACACAAACAUCUCUCUGUUUCAGAAGUUGAAUUGCCUGUGAUACAGAAAUUCCAAAAUGAAGCAUGUCUCUGAGGAAGUGGAGGCAUGGGGAAAGGACAGGACAAAAAGGGAAGCAGCUCAGUCUUUCAAAGGGUUUGGUAACUUGAAAAAGAAAAGCACAAAGCACACAAAACCUGAUGCACUCAAAAGAAUUGACUUGUUAAAAAUGGUGUUACAUAUUAAGAAAGAUAUACUUAAAUUUGCAUUGAAGAGAAUAAAAAAAAUCAAAUUGUAAGAAUUCUGUAAUACUGCUAAUGUUUAGAUUUCUCUUUAAAAAUUACUUAAUUAAAAUUACUGAACUUUUAAUG